ACUCUAUGAUCACGUGGUAUGUAAAGAAGGUAACGGAGAUGAAGGACUGUAGUUAAAAAAAAAUACUACCGUUAAUAUAAAUACAGAAAUAGAAUAAAACGGCGUGUCUGUAGUCAGUAUACAAAACCCAUGUCCUUCUGCUAUGUGAUUUGAGUUUGAGAAUGUGCGCUCUUCGGUGUACUCGUUUGUUCCGCCUGCAGAAGGCUAUUUCACCUCUGGUAGGAAAAAGUCCGGCUCUGCGAACGUUCAAGACAGAGCCGCGGCAAGCAGCCCCUCCUCAGAGCAGGAAAUGGAGAAAACUGCUCGCAGCGACAGCAGCCGGCGUCGGGGUCGGAGCAUAUUUUACACUCUCGAAUAAUAGUACAAAAGAGGUCAUACUCAACAAGGGCGACCAGGCUUUAACAGUUAUCAAGGAGUUUCCUAAUGUCAAGAUCUCCAGACAGGUCACGUAUCCAUACGAUGAUUCCGGUUUGGAAAUAGUACUGUUUCAAUACCCGACAUGCCCAUUUUGCUGUAAGGUGAGAGCUUUUUUAGACUAUAACGGGCUCUCAUACAAGGUGGUCGAGGUCAAUCCUGUCAUGAGGCAGCAGAUAAAGUGGACUGACUACAAAAAGGUACCAAUUGUAUUGGUUAAAGCCAAAAAUGGCUAUAUUCAAUUGAACGACAGCAGCAUGAUAAUAUCUGCACUAGCGACUUAUCUGAAUGACAGGAAUGCAGGUAAUAUCCAGGAUAUAUCUCAAUUCUAUCCAUCGAUAUCUUAUUCAGAACCUGAUGGCACGGUCAAGUCGGAGAUUUUGAAUCGAUACUUUCUUAUGAAUGGUAGCGCCGUAGACGAGUACGCUAAGCAAGUUGAAAUGGAAGAGAGAAAAUGGAGGAAAUGGGCUGAUGAUGUACUGGUUCAUGUACUCUCUCCCAAUGUGUAUAGGACGACGAAUGAAGCUCUUGAUGCUUUCAAAUGGUUUUCAUUUGUUGGUGAUUGGGACCAGCACUUUUCCACCUUGGAAAGACAGUUUGUCAUUUAUGUUGGUGCUUUUGCUAUGUGGUUAAUAGGAAAAAAAUUGAAAAAUAAAUAUCAUCUUAAAGAAGAUGUGAGACAAUCGCUGUAUGACGAGUGCAAUGUUUGGUUAGACGAGCUAAAAAAAAGGGAUGAAAAAUAUCACGGAGGGAAUAGGCCAGACUUGUCUGACUUGGCUGUCUAUGGGGUCCUGAGCAGCAUCGAGGGUUGUGAAGCCUUUCAGGACGUCUUGCGGGAGACCAAUCUCAAGCAGUGGUACAUGGGCAUGAAGAAAGAAGUGAACGGGCAUAGUGGAACAUUUUUAUAUUUGCACAAUCGGCACCAGUAGAGUUCUAGUUGAAAUUAAUCUAAAUAAUUGUAAUAAACGAAACAAGUUUGAUCUUUUUAGAUUUAAUAAACCAAUCCAGAUGAUUGCUUUGUAAUUUUAUCAUUGUGUUAAGUUUUUUUUUUGUUUGACACAUUGGUAUUAACAUUGAAAUUUGUAAUUUAAAUUGUGUAAAUUUACCAACUGUUCUGUGUAUUUAUUUAUAAUUUUUGUCUUCUCUACAUUAUAAGAAACUGCAAAAUGUAGUGAUUCUUGUGGAAGAAAUAAAAUAAAAUUGAAUGCUA